CUUCCAAACUUUACAGAAUCACCGAAUCUAUACUUGUUAUUAUGCUCCCAUGUUAUCGGACUGUAUUGUUGCUCACAACUUGAACUGGUCGACCCUGCCUUACACGCCGUGCUAACGUCCAUGUGGUAAUUGAUGGAACUUUUAGCUUCGGCCGUAUUAAUUCUAGUAUAGUGACAGCUUGGCCAUGGCUGCCGAGAGCGCCGGUGCGCCUCUUAGCGAGGCUAAUUUGCUAGCCCUGACCGGCGAGGAAGCACUGGAGGACAUUCGAGAAUUAACUUUGCGUAACCAUAAGUUACAAACUUUUGACCAUGGGGAAACUGCACGGCUCAUUAAUUUGCAAGUCAUGUCGCUUUCCCACAACGUUUUGAGCUCCCUUGCCGGAUUUCAUCACCUUAAGCACUUAGUGAGCUUGAACCUCAACUUCAAUGCCCUCACCAGCUUGGAGGGCAUCAGUAGCUGCAUCGCCCUACAACAUUUGUUUGUGGCGAACAAUCGCGUCAGGGAUGUCAGCCCGCUGGUGCCAUGCACCCAGUUACAGACCCUGCACCUACUCCGGAACAACAUAGCAAACUUGGAUAUGACGUUGCUCGCGCUCGCUAGCCUCACAAAACUCCAGGAAUUGGAGCUAGCAGGGAACCCAUGCUCACUGGCACAGGACUACAAGCACCGGGUAGUGCUGCAGCUCAACCUUCAGAGCCUGGACGGCGACGCUAUCACGCAGCUGGACUAUGACCUAGCAAACGAGUAUUUUGCGGCCAAUGGUGGCGUGCCGAUGGGCUUGGGCCCACGG